UCUGGCUAAUAUUUUUCCAUUACAUUUGGAAUUAAGCCAUAUUUUCUCGUGGAACCCUUCCUCGCGGCAAAACUGUCGCCGAUUCCAUUCGCUGCUCUUGUGGAUCUUCCCCCUUCUGAUUUCCCGGUCUCUUCUGUCUAGAUUGAAGGGUUGCUGUAUAAAAUGGCGUUCUGCAACAAAGUUGGUGGGUUAAUUAGAAGGCAAUGCACUUCAAGUUCAUCGAGGGGACCAACUCCCAUGAUACAUAUGUUUAAUGUUGUCCGCCAUGCUUCUACGUCAAAGCUUUUUGUUGGCGGUCUCUCAUAUGGCACAGAUGACAUGUCACUUAAGGAGGCCUUCAACUGCUUUGGAACAGUUGUUGAAGGUUUUGUUGGAACAAAGGUCAUCACUGAUAGAGAUUCUGGAAGGUCCAAAGGAUUUGGUUUUGUAAGCUUUGAAGAUUCUGAGUCUGCUAAAAGUGCUCUUUCAGGCAUGGAUGGCCAGGAGUUGCAUGGUCGAAGCAUUCGUGUGAGCUUUGCAAAUGAUAGACCUUCUGGCGGAUUUCGCGGGGGUUAUGGUGGCGGUGCCGGGGGAUUUGGCGGCUCAGGUGGGUAUUAAUGAGAAAAUGGUUCUGGGAUUAGCAAGCACGCUGAGAUGGAUGGCGAUUUAAGUUCAGGCAACAAAGUCUUGUUCCAGCUUCAAUCAACUUUGUUCAUAUUUCAGCUUUUUGUUCUGGAUUUUAAGUGAGCAUACAAAUGUGAUGUUAGCUUUCUUUUCAAUUUGUUCUGUGUCAGUCUUUUUUGUUGAUUGUGUUCAUGAUUUCAAGUGUGAUUUUAAAACUUAUUUUCAUUAUUUCUGGAUGUUCUCUUGUACUGCAUACUUUGAAGGAA